CCCUUGGCCGCGGAGCUGCGGCGAGUCGCCGUUGGGAGCCCCGCCCGAAUGAGCGCGAAGGGGCUGGGGCCGCGGGAGGCAGCGCGACUCUCCUCGGGUAAAAAACGCUCCGCCUGAGCCCGUGGGUUUCCCUCAAAGGCAACGCCAAAGCUGGUACGCUCAGCCCCGCUGCUGCCUAGGCACUCUUACCGUGGGCAAACUCGGUUUCCCUGAUAAAGGCUGCUUCUAACUUAGAAGACUUCCAGCCUGCUGCAACCGAGCCCUGCCUUCAUCCAGGCAGACAGAGCAAAUGACCUGCUCAGGAGUCUUUCUAGCUCGAUUUUUUGUGAUUUCGAGGUGUAAGUAGCCAAAACCAACAUUGACUGCCUUAGCCGUUAUUCCCAGGGGACGCUGAAGUGAGAGGUUAUAGUAAAUUGGAUAGAUCUGUAAGACUACACAAGGAACGACCCCGUUAUUGACAUAUAAAAAUGAUCACUAUUUAAAUGAAUAUCUUGUUGCAAAAAAUACGGUAAUUCAGACCUCUCACAAUUAUGAUAGCUGACAUAUAUUGAGGUCCCAAUAACCUGAACUUCCUUUUCAACUGUAGAAGCACAGCAUCCAUUUCAAAUUACUUUAUGAAGAAUAAUAUAGUGCAGGGAUGCCUGAAAGUCAAGGGAAAGACAGUGAAAGCUACAUCAGCAGCAAUACUUCCAGCACUAGCAAUUCGGUUGCUUGCUUCGGACAGUAUCAAUACACAGCAAGUGAAUAUCAAGCUAUCCAGCAUGCUCUUCGUCAGAGACUGGGUCCAGAAUAUAUCAGCAGUCGGCAAGCUGGAGGAGGACAAAAGGUCUGUUACAUUGAGGGUCACAGGGUAAUCAGUCUGGCCAAUGAGAUGUUUGGCUUCAAUGGCUGGGCUCAUUCAGUCACUCAGCAGAACGUUGAUUUUGUUGACCUCAACAAUGGCAGGUUCUAUGUGGGGGUCUGUGCAUUUGUGAAAGUUCAGCUUAAGGAUGGGUCAUACCAUGAAGAUGUGGGGUAUGGAGUCAGUGAAGGCCUAAAGUCUAAGGCCUUGUCCCUAGAAAAGGCAAGAAAGGAGGCAGUAACAGAUGGACUGAAGAGGGCACUCAAGUGCUUUGGGAAUGCUCUUGGGAACUGCAUCUUAGACAAAGACUACCUACGAGCCGUGAAUAAGCUUCCACGUCAGAUGCCCUCUGAGUUAGAUUUGGUCAAAGCUAAAAGACAGGAUUAUGAGCCUGAAAUAGAGAAAGCAAGAUACAAUAGCUGUUUGGAAAGGCAGAACACAGGAGGGAGACAACAUUGUGAGAUGGCAUCUAAUUGUAAGCCUGGUCAGACAGAGGCUGCUGAAGUGACAGUAGAUCAGAAACAGCCAAAUAGUUCCAGAAAUACAGACUCCUUAGCUAUUGAGUGCGAUGCCACUUACCAGCGGAAGUUGCGACAAAAGCAGCUACAGCAGCAGUUCCGGGAACAGAUGGAGAAAAAGCAUCAGGUUCCAGUAGUUAUUCCUAGCAGCAAACAGGCAACAUCCGAUGCUCCUGUAAAGCACAGCACUCCAGCAGCAAUACAACAGGAGCUAGCAAUAGAAGAGGAGUUCUUUACAGAUGAUCCUGAACUUUGGGACAUUUCCUUGGAGACCACUGAUCUUAUGAUAAUGAGCCAUAAAAUGGCAGACCCAUCAGCUGGACAGCAGACACCUGAAACACCCCGUGGAAGUCAUCAAAUGACUACUCGCAGCAGGACGCCUCACAGAAUGAAUUACCACAUUACCACUGCACCAUUGCAGCCAUCUGUUACAAUCAUGAGCACCAGCAGCUGUGCCAACCAGCAUACCCCAGAGCAUAACCCCCACAGGAGAAGUCAAAGCUUGAAAAAAAGGAGACUAGAACCUACGUAAGACACCUGGUGGUAUCAUUACCCCCAUACUGGAUUACAUCAGAAGACUGCAGCUGGCUAUUCAAAUUAUGUGAGGAAGUCUAACGCAUUAAUGGAUUUUCCUGUAUAUUAUGGUGAAGCAAUACAGAAGAGUUUAAUACAGCCACCAAGAAUUUAAUGUACUUUUAGGUUAUUGCAUGUUUCAGAUGCCUUUUUAUGUAAGAAAAGCAAUGAUUUGUGCUUCUGCAGCACUAGACUUGUGGCUGUAUUACAAGCUGAUGCUAGACGUAACUUGCCUGAAAUGGUAACAGAAUGAAUUUUUUAAAUGAGAUGCAAUUCAUAGCUUUUUUUCCUCCCUCAGUGUUGCAUUUCAGCACAGAGAAAAGAGAUUUUCAGUAAAAUGGGGAGAGGGUGGGUUAUGGUCAGGUGACAAAGCCCACAAGCUGUGGUCACCUAUUUGGUGAGGCUGAGGGUGUGAAGCUGUGGCAGCGUCUGCCCCUGACAUGCAGCCCAGCCAUUUGCCCCAUGGCUACACAAACAGGGUCAGAGCCCAUUGCUGCUCCUCAGUGUGUUCCUCAGCUGUGUCGGGUUCCCAUGCAGCAGCAGCAGCAGCAGAUUGAGCCGUGCCAGCCCAGGAGGGCAGCACAGGGGCAGGAGUGCACUGGGACUGCUGCCAGAGCUGCAUGUAGCAUCUCAGACAGUAUUUGCUUGGACUCUUUGUAAAAUGAGUGGGAGCUGAACUUUUGUUUUUAAAUAAGCUUUCAACCCUUUUCAAUAUAAAAA